AUGAACAGUGCAAUAUUUUAUAUCAUAGAGAGCACCAUGUUUUUGGUUCAAGCUAGUGAUAUUGCUAGAAAAAAACACAAAGUGUUGUUGUUUAUUCAUUUUCUUCUAGUUCAGAGUUGUGACAAAGUCAGGACAGAUCCAUCAGACGUGUGCAUUCAGAAUUCCAUUGAUGUAAGUUGCCAACAUCUCCACAUUUAUACAAUUCCAAGAAAUCUGACAACUGGAAUUAAAACACUUGAUCUAUCUCAUAACUUCAUACAGAAUCUCACAAUAAUACCACUGUCAUCCUUAUACACUCUAUUGGAGUUAAACAUUGGAUAUAAUAAAGUUGAAAACAUUGAAAAUAAAGCAUUCCAUAACUUAUCCCAACUUUAUUCUCUGAAUCUUAUUGCUAAUAUAUUGGACAAACACUAUUUUGCUCAUAAAGGAAUUUUUGGAUCUUUGCAAACUCUUAAAGUAUUGAACCUAGCAAAUAAUAACUUAAAUAGUGAAAUGGUAAGCUGCUAUUUAACAAAUAUUUUUUCACUGGAAAAGCUGGAUCUGUCAGGGAAUACGAUAACAUCACUACCCUCUAAAUUAUUUAAUGAGGUUUUGCAGCUGUCCGAGUUAGAUCUCUCUAACAAUAACAUAAUGGAGAUAGAGAAAGGCACAUUUGAUUCAUUAAAAGAGCUAAGAGUUCUAAAUCUUGCACUAAAUUCUCUACACUACAUUUGUAGUUUUAAUCUUCCUCAGCUGCAUUUUUUAAAUUUAAGUUCAAAUACGAUGGGGUUUUUCUUCAGUAAUAAUUCUCAUGAGCUAUAUCAACUUAGGAACUUAGACCUAAGCUUCAACAAUCUCUUACACUUCCCAGUUCUCCCAAAGUUCCACAUGAUUCAGUAUCUUAAUCUGUCUAAAAACAUGAUGGCUGCAAUGACCCCUUCCUUCAAUACUACUCUGGAUGAUUUGCAGGACAUGUCGUUGUAUGAAAAUAUUGCACAGAUGGAUCUUUAUAGUGCUGUUCAGGAAACUGUAUCCACUUUGUCAAAAUUAAUUGAUUUGGAUCUAAGCAACAAUCAUUUGACAACAUUUCCUCUGAAUUUUCUCUCCAAGCUAAGGACACUUCAAAAUCUCAAUAUGGCUCACAACUGUCUUGAGUAUAUUACAAAUACAUCUUCAAUCGCUGAGCCAGUCUACAAUCAGGUGGAUCCAAUUAGUGAAGUGGCUGUAAAACUUAACUCUUUGCGUGCAUUAGAUCUGCAAGGAAAUUAUCUGCGUUCAAUUCCACAAUGGCUAUUUGACAUCAUGCCAGUAAUUGCAAACCUGAAUCUUAAAAACAAUAAAAUUGUGAUAUGCACAAACCCACACAGUAAAAAAGAAAAUUCUUCUUCAAACGUGUAUAUUUGUACAUCUUUCUCUAAGGCGCUUCACCUUAAUUCCUUAAAUCUGCGUGGAAACAGCAUUAAACAUCUGCCACCACGUGUCUUCCAGCAAACGUCAUUAGUUUCGCUGGAUAUAUCUGAGAAUAAAGGAUUGCAUUUAAGAAAUAAUUCUCUUGAAGGUUUGCAGCAAUCAUUGCAGAUCCUAUUGCUAAAGGGAAACCACAUGGAAGAGUCUCAAGUUCAGCUUCCUUGUUUAAAAAGACUGAAAUAUUUAGAUUUGUCUAAUAAUAGACUUUAUGCAAUUCCACCCAACAGCUACUGCUCUCAUGUAAAGACUUUAGAUCUGCGAAAUAAUUCUCUACAUAUGUUAGAUAAAAAAGCAACUUUGAUUUGGUCUAAAAGUCAUACACAUGUGUGGAUCAAUGGCAACCCUUUUGACUGCUGUUCUCUGAACUGGUUACAAACUGACAACUUACAGAUACAAGACAUCAACGACACUCACUGUAUCUACACAAGCAAUAAUAUGAGUUCCAGAAUACAUUUAUAUAGUGAUCACACUCCAUUCUGUUCAAGUGAUAGUGGUCACAUUGUGAUUAAACCCAAAUGCAGUGCCAUAAGGGUGUAA